UCAUAAUAACCCGGGUUCGAUUCUUUCCUUCGCAUUGUUUUUCAUUUUUUACGAAAAAAUAAAUGAGAUGACGUGGUAAUUUCGGGCUCUCUGAUUGGUUGAUUUUUUUAUCCUACGUGGACACCCUCUCCAUGGCUUAUAUUUGCCUUUUAGUAUAGUAUAGAUUUUUCAUCAUCCAUUUCUUUCGAAUUUUUUAUUUGCUUUAAGAGAUUUAGUUUCAUAUUCAGUUACGAUAACAUGCGAGAAGACUGAUUCAAACAUCAUCACUCAUUUCCCUUCUUUCACCAAGCUCUAAGAAAAAAUUGAAGUUCAGAUAUGCUUACUCUUUUCUAAUCAAUCAUGUAAAUACCUUUUGAGUUCAGUUAUGAAAUUGACUUUGCUAAUUAUGUCGACAAUGUGAGUACAUCCUAACAUUAAUCAGCUCACCCGAUUGCAGAACUCGGUUCAACCUGUUCACCUAACGAUUGUAGAUGAAACGGUAAAGACUAAUGGAAAGUGGACAAAAAUGUUGAUCAAAAGCAAAAAGAAGAAGUUUCAAACAUACCAGCCAUGAGAAAAAGAUCAACUGCUGCAAUACGAGAGAGAGAGAGAGAGAGGCAACGAAAGAAACAGAAUAUGGAUUUAGCAAUAAAAGAAACGGAAAAUGGAGAGGAUAAUAACAAACACAAAAUAAUAUUAUAAAAUAUUUGAAAUCUGUUAGUUGACAAAAAAGAAGAAGAUAAACUCUGUAGAAAUUUAAAACUAUCUUCAUUCUUCAGUUAAAAAAAAUCUAAUAAUCUACAAAACUCUUUUAACGUUACGUUUUAAAAUAAUUAAAUCAGCAGGACUCUUUUUAAAUUGAAAAUACUGUUUAGUUUUUUUUUAAAAAAAUAUUGAUGUAGUCGACAUAUGAAAAAAAAAAUAGGGCCAUUAACUAAAAUGGGCUGAAUCCAAAACCCAAGGCACAACACAUAAAUUCCGGUCUUGUCUUUUUGUUUGCUGACACGAUACACCUCGUGUUUGCACUUACCACUUACCCGGCAGCUAUACUUGCCAAGUCACUUCAUUGGCUAUCAGCCACCACCAGGAGGGACCCACCAAUCCUGGUUCGUGUAUUUAUUUACGUCGAAAACACGCAAACACAUAGGAAAAAAAGUUUUUUAUUUAUAUAGUAAAAGAAAGUACAAAAAGGUACAAAAAAGCUAGAAGAAAAAACAAAGAAAUGGGCGAUUUUGGAUCCGAUGGAUCGUCAAGCAUGAGCAUUGUAAUGUAUCCGUGGUUAGCAUUUGGUCACAUGACUGCUUUUCUUCACCUCUCCAACAAGCUUGCAGAAAAAGGGCACAAGAUCGUUUUCUUGCUCCCCAAGAAAGCUCUAGACCAGGUCAAACCUCUUAACCUCUACCCAAAUCUCAUAUCUUUCCACACCAUCUCAAUUCCUCAUGUCAAAGGGCUACCUCCCGGUGCUGAGACCAACUCCGACGUACCAUUUUUCUUGACCCAUUUGCUUGCGGUUGCAAUGAACCAAACCCGGCCCGAGGUAGAGACAAUUCUGCGUACAAACAAACCGGAUUUGGUUUUCUACGAUUCCGCUGAUUGGAUACCUGAAAUCGCUAGACCGGUCGGUGCUAAAACUGUUUGCUACAAUACCGUCAGCGCUGCGUCAAUAGCCCUAACUCUUGUCCCUGCUGCGGAGCGAGAGAUCAUUGAUGGGAAGGAAAUGUCAGCGGAGGAGUUAGCUAAACCGCCUCUAGGUUACCCGUCUUCAAAAGUCGUCUUGCUUGCGCGCGAAGCAAAAACCCUAAGCUUCGUCUGGAGGAGACACGAGGGCAUUGGUUCUUUCUUCGAUGGGAAAGUUACUGCGAUGAGAAACUGCGAUGCGAUCGCUAUAAGAACUUGCCGUGAGACGGAAGGCAAAUUCUGCGAUUACAUCGAGAGCCAAUACAACAGACCGGUUUAUCUAACCGGACCGGUACUCCCCGUAGACGAACCUAAUAAGACUUCCUUAGAGCCUCGAUGGGCUGAUUGGUUAGCCAAAUUCAAGCCUGGUUCUGUUGUGUUCUGCGCUUUCGGUAGCCAACCCGUUGUAGAAAAGAUAGAUCAAUUUCAAGAACUCUGUUUAGGGCUUGAAGCAACCGGUUUACCGUUUCUGGUCGCGAUAAAGCCGCCUUCAGGUGUGUCAACGGUGGAGGAAGCGUUACAUGAAGGGUUCCAAGAGAGGGUUCGUGGACGUGGCGUUGUGUACGGAGGUUGGGUUCAGCAACCGAUGAUAUUGGACCAUCCUUCAGUGGGCUGUUUCGUUAGCCAUUGUGGGUUUGGUUCGAUGUGGGAGUCUUUGAUGAGUGAUUGCCAGAUGGUUUUGGUGCCGCAGCACGGUGAACAGAUAUUGAACGCGAGGCUGAUGGCAGAGGAGAUGGAGGUGGCGGUGGAGGUUGAGAGGGAAGAGAAUGGGUGGUUUUCACGGCGGAGUUUGGAGGAUGCCGUGAAGAGUGUGAUGGGUGAAGGUAGUGAGGUUGGUGAGAAAGUGAGGAAGAAUCAUGACAAAUGGAGAUGUGUUUUGAGCGACUCUGGGUUUGCUGAUGGUUAUAUCAGCAAGUUUGAACAGAACUUAACUGAUCUUGUGAAGUCAUGAAUGAUCAUUUUUAUUCUUUCCACUUGGCUUGGUUUAAUUUGGUUAUGUUCGUGUUUUAGCCAUGGUUUAAGAUAUAUUUGUAAAACAUGUUUUAUUUCUUUCGCAAUUCUCAUAAAAUUAGCUGAUUAGGGAAUUACUUCCUGAAGCUGAUAAAUCUAUAUUGUAUUCCCUUUAUGGAAAUUAUCAACAAAUUUUAAUGUCUCUGUCGAUAUUAAGUGACUACAAAUUCUUUGCAAAAAAAAAAAAAUUUGACUACAAACUUAAUUUCUAUGAUAUUUAUUUUAAUUUUUAAAUAAAAACAGAGGAUUAGCUUGUAAGAAAAACAAAUCACAGAAUUUAAUCAAUGGACAAUUGUAUAAUUGUUAUUGUCGUUACAUUACCACUUUCAGUUAUUCAUUAGUAAUGCAUAAUGAUUUUUCUUGUGGUUAGGAGCUCCAUUUCCACUUUACCUUGCUUGUAAGAACAAAUGAUUUCAAAUUCUUGUAUCGUUUUUCUAUCUAAGGAGAAGAGAUCCAAGAAUAAAGGCACGCUUUAGUCUGCUAAUGGCAAUCUUGUGUUCUAAAUUACAAAGCUUUGAUUGGACCUUUAUAUUUGAUAUUAAACCUUUGGGUUUGAUUUUGAUCUGAAUCAUAAUAUGUGGUGUCGAAACGUCACCUAUGUCCAUUUUGCUUUGUACCAAACCACUUUUUAGUAUGAAAAGCACAAAGUCUAUUUUAGCAACAAAAAAUAGAAGCACAAAGUCUAACAGCGAGAAGGCAGGGCGCGACGUUUGGGAAGAAUGCUAGACCUUUUGUUCAAAAGCACCAUAUUCACUUCUUUUUCUUUUCUUGUUAAAAGGAAUCCAUGGUUCCUACCUCUUGUAUCUUUUUCCUAUUUAUAGAAGGGUUUUUAGCAAUGAAACUCCUCAACUAAAGAUGAAUUGUAAAUAAAUCCGUCAACUAAAAAUUUGAUGAAAAAAUCUUCAAUUUUAAUUCCGUUAACGUAUGUCACCCUUCGUGACGGUACUUUAGACGGAGGGUGACAAACAUUAACGGAAUUUAAGUUGAGGGUUUUUUUCGUCAAAUUUCAAUUGAGGGAUUAUUUUGCGAUCCCUUUUAAGUUGAAGGGUUUUAUUACUAAAUGAUAUUAAAUGUUUAAAAGUCUUUAUUAUCAUUUAUGCAUUAUUUAAAACUCUUACAAUAAAUUUGUAAGCCUUUAAAAAUAAUUUAAAUUUUUUUAUACAUUACUUUAUCAAUUUUAUAAUCGAAUUACAAAGCUUUAUAACUAUUUUAAUACUUUUACAAAUGAUUAAUAAUGUUAACAUUGAUUUUAUAAGAUUAAAGAUAUAGUUGUUCGCCAUACUAUAAAAACAUGAAGUAAAUAAAUAAAACAAGAAAUGUAAAUUAAAGAUAUUGCUUUAUUGAUUAAUAUAGUAGGAGUAUAAUAUAUUAGUUCGGAAAUAAAAGAGGAGGAAAUAAUUGUGCAUUAUUUUUCCGGAAGCAGAAAGAAAGCAUGACUCGAAGUCCAAAAAUUGUGU